AUGUAUCAACUUCAAAAAUCAAUUAAAAUCACGGAAAUUACCACAGCAAUUACUCAUUCUUUUAUAUUUUCUCCGAUGCGAACCUUAGUAACAUCUGGUAGUAAUAGUAAUAGUAAUGGUCGUUAUGGAAAUAAAAAUAUUAAUUUUAUUAGAAAUUUUUUUUCACUUAUUAACAAGAAUAAUAAUAAAACCAUUAAUAAAUUGAAAUAUAAACCAAUGACUGCCAUAAAUUUUAAUUUUAGAAAUAGAAAUAAUAUGUGUAUUCAACCCAGAAGAUAUUAUAACGAAGAUACAAAUGCUGCUAGUGUUUUCGAUCCUUUUCCAAUUCCUGGUAAUCCAUUAAAAUCUAAUAAUAAAAGUCAAUCUUCAAAAAAAAGUUCAAACUCAAGAAUUUCAUUAUAUGAUAUAUUUUCACCACGUGUUAGAGAUGCAGUUUUAACGACAGUAAUGGGUCUUGCAGCCGUAGGUUUAGGUGGUGUUUUAUAUCAGUAUUGGUAUGAAUGGCAUGAAGUUCAUAAAGUUUUGAAAGCUUUUACAAAAUCUACCUCAGUUCUAAAAUCCAAAAUUAAAGAAGGUUACUUUGCACGUGAUGAAUAUGAUAAAAUAUUUUCAGCAAUUGGAGGAGAAGCUAGUGGAAAAUAUUAUUUAUUAGUAGGAGAGAAUGGUACUGGAAAAACUCAAUUAGUAUUUAAAGCAAUGGAAAAUGCUGGUCAAAAUGGUGUAGUAUUUUGUGAAGCUCAUUCUAAUGCUGAAAUAUUUAAAACGAGAUUGGGGAAAGCAUUAAAUUACACAUUUAGAGAAGAUUACGUUGGUGGAUUGUUUGCUAGGGAAGCACCAGAACGAGGUUCAGCAUUACUUGAUGUAGAAAGAGCACUUAAUAUAAUAGAAGAAGUAGCAUAUAUUUAUAAACGUCGUCAUAAACGUCCUUUAGUAUUAAUAAUUAAUAAUGUACAUUCAUUCAAAGAUGAUGAAGAUGGAUCAGAUUUAUUAGAAUUAUUACAACAACGUGCAGAAUAUUGGGCAACAGGAGGAUUUGUUACAAUGGUAUUCAAUACUGAUGAUUAUUACGUUUAUGAAAGGAUGAAGAUGGAUGCAAAUAAAAUGGAAGUCAUAAGAGUUCAUGAUUUGGAACAUUAUGAAGCGGUUAGAUUUUUAAAAGACAAAAGAGGUGGACAUGAAUCUGAAGAAUUAUUAUAUAAUAUUGUAUCAAAGCGUAUUGGAGGACGUGUUGCACAUCUUAAUUUGCUUGCUGAAGAUCCAACUAAAGAUAUAAAUGCAUCUCAAAUUGAAGACACAGAAAGAACGUGGUUAACUAACAAAGUUGGAUUAAUUCCAAAUUUCGAAGGUUCAGAAGAAUUUGAAUCACAAAAAUAUGCAGUAGCUGCUUGGAAAUUAUUUCGAGCAAUAGUUAAAUCACCCACAAAAUCACUUUCAUUAACUCAAGGAAGGAAUAUAAUUGGUAAUCCACGUUAUCUGCAACAACUUGAUCAUGAUGGAAUUAUUAUGGUUGAUACUGAAAAUAAUGUUAAACCUGAUUCACAAAUUAGUUGUAAUUAUUUUGAAGAUAUUUAG